CAGGCACUUGAUGGGAAUUGUAGUCCGGAAGGAAGGCGUUCUCGUCGUUCAAACGUCCCUUCCCGGGUUUUGGCGGUGGGAGGAGGAAGAAGGCGAAGUAAACAAGCCAAGCCUCAAAGACAAGGAGAUGGGAAUGUAAGAGUGAUAAAGCAAUAAAGUGCGUGAGGGGAGGGUGGGAAUCAAUUUUACGAAAAAAGUGUGACCAAAGCAAUCAAGAAAAAUGAAAGUGUGAUAUACAAUAUUUCUAAUACCGUGAGGAAGAAUAGUGUGGUCAAACGGUAGAGAUAUAUUGAUAAAACAAGGGUGAUUUAAAAAUCUAAAAUGAUCGUACAAAAAAAUGAAAUGCCAUUGUGGCUGAACAAUUAUGGAAAAUGUUAGAAUGAUGAAGCACAAAAGAAAGAAAAAUAUUAGUUAGGCAACUAUAAAAGAGAAAGUUUGGAAUGAUAAGACACAUGAAUGUACCAAUCCCUAUCUCUAUGUGUAACUAACACAAUAUUCGCAAAAAACAAAAAAGAUACUAAAUUAAUAGAUGAAAUCCCGGAUAUCUUUCCCCGCUUUUUUCGCCCCGCCUAGCCAAUAGAAAAUAUUGCCAAAAAUACUGCCAAGAUUUGAACGGGCGGGAUGUUCUUUCGACGUAAGCAGCCCUGACUUCCACCUCAGGAUAAUAAGAAUUUCUAUGGAAAACCCCCAAGCCCCGCGCAGUUUUCAUGUCUAAACUUUUCACAAGUCUACGGUCCAGAGACCGCUUGCGUCAGCAGGCCGCGGUGCACUCUGGGUCUCAUACUUCCCUCGCGUGGCGAAGAUGCCCACUGGGCUUAACCAUCUUUAUCGGUCCGCCGGGACGCCGACGUCACCGUCCGCAGUGCACUCUGGGGCUCGUAGUCCCGCGCACCUGAGGCGGCGAGGCCCCGACCGGCUUCAUCGACCGGCGACGAUGGCGGCGGCCGUGGCGCCGGGCUUGGGAGAGCGCUGGUGGGCGGAGCUGCCUCACCACGCCGUGCUGUGCCGCUUGCGGGAGCAGGCCGACAAGGAGGCCGGGCCGGGGCCCGAGUCCUCGCGCCCGUCCCUCCCGCGGGACCUGUUGUUCGGCCUCGGCGGGGAGCUCUUCCUGUGGGACGGCGAGCGCGCCGCCUUCUACGCCCUCAGCCUGAGGGGCCUGGGCGACGAGCCCGACAGGCUGGGCCAGUACCAGGUGCGGCCUUUCGCCCCGAUAGGGCUCGGCUCUCACUGAGGUGGCCAACCUGUGUUUGGGGCGCCGCCGCCGCUUCGGGCCUCAAGGUGGUGGUGGCUCACCUGUGGAAAGCACCUCCAUAUAGGCUUGCAUUAUCAGUAGCGAUAAUAAUGAAUGGCUUAUUGCGUUUUUUUUCUCCCAAGGAGCUCAAGGUGGCAUACAGUGGUAUCUUGGGUUACAUACGCUUCAGGUUACAGACUCCGCUAACCCAGAAAUAGUGCUUCAGGUUAAGAACUUUGCUUCAGGAUAAGAACAGAAAUCGGGCUCCGGCAGCGCAGAGGCAACAGGAGGCCCCAUUAGCUAAAGUGGUGCUUCAGGUUAAGAACAGUUUCAGGUUAAGAACAGACCUCCGGAAUGAAUUAAGUACUUAACCCGAGGUACCACUGUACAUGCUUCCCCAAUUAAUCCCACCAGCACCACACACACAACAACCCUGUGAGGUGGGUUUGGCUGAGAGGCAGUAACUGACCCCUAAGGUCACACCCAGUGAGUUUUGUGGCUGAGCAGGGAUUUGAAUGCAGGUCCCAGAACUUUUGGGAGGGGUCAGGUCUUUUGUUAGGGAGGCAGAACCUCAGUUAAGCUAUGUAUUUUUAUUGAUUUAGGAGGGCCAUGCCCAGGUCUCUGAUGUUCUAGUCUAGAUAACUACUACACUGCAGCUGUGUUUUUAAUUGAUGUCCGAGCAUUGGGAGAGAAUGAUUGAAGGAACAUGACUGCUGGUUUCUCCAAGCUUUUGUCCAAGGCAGACCCUGUGGGUUUAAGUGGUCUCUUGGCUUAGAUAGAAGAACAGUAGCGGCUACCAGUGCCUUGCAUGAAGCGUAAGAAUAAUAUAGGUAGUCUUCAUCGCUGAGCAUCCAUAUCAGAUCAUGCCUGAAAGAGUGAGCACAGAUAAAAUGGUAGGAAGCGACAGGUGCAGUUUGCUAGCAGCCAAAUGUGUAAUUGAGUGACACACACGCAUUUUGCACUAGUUUUUAAGAUUUUGUUCUGCACAAAGUUCAAAUAUUUAAGCGUUAACCAAUUGCUGCUUUGAUUUCCAGACCCUGCUCUGCAUAAAUUCACCCUUUUUUGAGGUGUAUCAAACUGCACUGAGUCCUACACAGGAGCAUGUAGCUCUGAUAGGAACAAAAGGCUUGAUGGUGCUGGAGUUACCUAAACGCUGGGGAAAGAACUCUGAGUUUGAAGGUGGAAAACCAGUGGUUAAUUGUAGGUAUGUAGGCUCUCCAUUUCUCAUAAUUGCUUUGCAGCUCUAGAACUAGGGACGGUUGCUACUUCAUUAUCAUCUGGGUCUGUAAAGAAAGCAGUUUUGAGUACAGUGUGUCAAUCUCAUUUGAUGACUGUUUUUACUGAAGUUCUCAGGCAUUACAGUGGUACCUCGGGUUACAUACGUUUCAGGUUACAUACGCUUCAGGUUAUAGACUCCGCUAACCCAGAAAUAGUGCUUCAGGUUAAGAACUUUGCUUCAGGAUAAGAACAGAAAUCGUGCUCUGGCGGCACGACGGCAGCAGGAGGCCCCAUUAGCUAAAGUGGUACUUCAGGUUAAGAACAGUUUCAGGUUAAGAACAGACCUCCGGAACGAAUUAAGUACUUAACCCGAGGUACCACUGUAUAUUUGGAGGAACUUUGUUUCAGCUGCACACGUUCCACUGCUACAGUAUAGAGAGACAGUCUCUUUUCAAACUUUUUUAGAAGGGUAGCUGAGGUUAGUGUUAGGAUACAGGCUUUGUAGGCCUGAGGUUCUAGGUUCAUUUCCUUGCUUUUCCAUUAAAAGUGAUUGCUUUUGGGCAAAGUUCUGAAGCAGUCCAUCUUGCUGAUGGCACAUUUGCUUUGCUGUAUCAAGUGGAGGCUAAGGCAAUUUUUCUUCGCAAUGGAAGUAGUACCAUCCAUUUGCUCAAAUUGCUCACAGUUAACGUUUGACAGAUCACUGCGAGGCUGGAGAAAAGAGUAAAGGCUGUUGAAUUGCUCCCCAUUGUGGAAGAAAAGGAGAGGACAUUGCACAGAGAACUCACAGCCUGGCAAUCUGUAUUAUUUGCUAGUAUCAGUGAUCUCUAUGUGCACUUCACCAAAUAUGAGAGGAUAGGUCCCUGCCUCAUGGAGCUUACCAUCUAUAAACAGAACAAGGAAGACAAGGGAUGAUGAGAGGCAAAUGAAGGCAAUGGUGAACAAAGAAUGGUUACAUGAAUAUUUCAGAUAUAUGUACUUGAACAUAGUUAUAGCACUAAUAAUAAUAAUAAUAAUAAUAAAUUUUAUUUAUAUCCCGCCCUCCCCAGCCGAAGCCGGGCUCAGGGCGGCUAACAACAAUAAAACAGUACAAAAGUACAGCAUAAACAACAUUCUAAAAUCAUUCAUUAUAAAAUUAAUUAAUUCAAGCCACUGGCAACCAUUGGGCCAGAGCUCCGCGAAGAUUGCCGAGGGAGGGAGUCAGGCUGUGCCCUGGCCAAAGGCCUGGUGGAACAGCUCUGUCUUGCAGGCCCUGCGGAAAGAUGUCAAGUCCCGCAGGGCCCUGGUCUCUUGUGACAGAGUGUUCCACCAGAUCGGAGCCGAAAAAGCCCUGGCUCUAGUUGAGGCCAGCCUAACUUCUCUGUGGCCUGGGACCUUCAAGAUGUUUUUAUUUGAAGACCGUAAGUUUCUCUGUGGGGCAUACCAGGAGAGGCGGUCCCGUAGGUACGAGGGUCCUAGGCCGUAUAGGGCUUUAAAGGUUAAAACCAGCACUUUAAACCUGAUCCUGUACUCCACCGGGAGCCAGUAGGAGAAAGAGGCUAGGGGACUGUGCCAAAGAAUAGGUUUUGAAGAGAGAGAGCUUCACAAAUACAUUACUGGGAGGUGAUUCUGGGCAUAAGCAGGGUCAUUUGUGGGAGCAGGACUGUUAAUUGGUUCAAAAACAAGAUUUCAGGAAAUGUUAUUUUUGGACAAUAGCUACUCUUUCAACCUUUUUUUUUACAUUUAUGGGGAAGAUCAGUUCGAUUUUAGAUUGGAAGCACUUUCGAUAACCGAGUCUGUGACUACAUUUUUACCUAGAAAAAGGCUUCCUUAGUUAAAUUAUUUUACCACAGAGAUAAAAUGUUUGAGUACUGACCCUUCAGGACCAAUGAUAGCUAAUUAUUUAGUACCUAGAGUUUAAGCAAGGGUAGUGUUCAUGUAACACAUCAAGUUAGGAAAUAAAAAAGGACUGUUACAAGCCUAUCCCUUGAGCUUUUUUGCUUUUGAUAGGUUUGCCAGUUGGGGAGGAAAAGCCUGGCCUGUUCUUGUGCUCUUGACACCAGCUUGAUCUGCAGAAAUUGGCAGGGGACACGGGCAUGAACGUCUGUAGCCCAAGCUGCUGGUCAAAGGCACAGCAACGGUCAAACAGUUGGCAGCCCUCUGUUGGGUUGGAACAUAGUGCCUUUCAUGAUGGAGACCUGUCUUCUUGCAGCACCAUCCCUAUUGCUGAAAGGUUCUUCACUAGUUCACCAUCCCUGACUCUGAAGCAUUCCGCCUGGUACCCCAGUGAGACACUGGACCCUCACAUUGUGCUCUUAACAUCUGACAACACAAUAAGGUAACUUUAUUGCUCUGAAUGGUUUGCUUUUGAGCAGGCUUUGAGAAAUCCAAGGAGCCUGGUUUCCCUGACUGUUUAAAAAGGUGGUGCUGGUAUCCAAUAUAUAUUAGUCAUCCUUUUUUUCUAUAUAAAAUCUAGUGGAAUAUAGUGGUGAAGAGUGUAAGCCACAGACUUUUAGUUUUCUGGUUCAAAUCUUUGCUCAGCCGCAGACUCACUCAAUGAUCUUGGGCAAUCUUUCUUACUUCAGCUGUCUCAUUGACUUUAGGGGGGGACAAUAAAAUGUCUGAAAUAUUUUCUGUGCUCUGCACAUGCUGUAUCAUUGUUCUGUUGCAUGCCUGCCCCCCGCCCCCCAAAAAAUAUUUGAGCGGUGAGAGCCUCCAAGGGGUUCCAGUGCUUCCCUGGGUUUGGUUCCCUUGCAAUAAAGGUCAAUGGAGACUGGUGUCUUUUUGAGAUACGGUUUUAUAAAAAUCAUAUGUACAAUCCGAGCAUCAAAUGGAGGGGCUCACAGCAUUAUCCUAGGACCUUUUCCAGCUAAUUAGCUGAGUAUAAAUGCUUUCAGAGGCUAAUUUAGCUUCCUUUAAAUAUUUAUUUGAUGGGGUCAUUUGGAACCACAUGCUUAGAGACCCACGGAGCAAUUGUUUAAGCAAUACUUAUUACGUUUUUCUCUCACUCUUUUUCCAAGGAGCUCAGGGUAGCAUGUAUGCUCUGUCCUCUUAUUUUAUCCUCAUAGCAACCCUGUGUAGUAGAUAUGUCAGACCUGGAGGGAGAGACUAGGCCAGGACUACCCAGCAAGGCUGAGGGCUAAGCAGGGCUUUGAACUGGGUCUCUCUGGUCUUGGUCUGACACCAGGGCAGCUCUUCAGCUGAAUUGAUACUGCACCAGCUUCUGCCAGUGUAAUAAUGUUGGGUGCAGUACUGAAAAUUGUAAAGGUAUUCAGCUAAUAGAGGUUGGAUUUAUAGAAGCUAUUAUCUGGGAUGUACUUCUCGUUUUUUAAAAUGUCAUAUUUUGCUUUAAAGGAUUUACAGCCUGAAUUCACCCCAGACACCCGUGAAAGUGAUUCAUCUUUCAGAAGCUGAUGAGGAGACUCUGAGGCUCAAUAAGGGGUGAGGUCUGAAGCUUCCCUCAUAGUUGCCCCUCCAAGCCCACCCCAGCGGCCACUUUUUGCUGGGCAAACUGAAUGUGUGCAGAGAACUGCUACAAACUCAACUGACUGCUCCCUUCCUUAGGAGAGCCUACACAGCAUUGAUAGGAGAAACAGCAGUAGCAUUCGACUUUGGGCCCCUGGCAGCAGUCCCCAAGAACAUUGCUGGGCAGCGAGAGAAGGAGGAAGUGCUAGCGUAUCCUCUCUACAUCUUGUAUGAAAAUGGGGAGACUUUUCUGACCUACAUUAGUCUGCUGCACAGGUAAAGGUCUAACCCAGAUUCAUGAUCCUCCUUUCACCUUCAUUUUUUGCACUGGGCAGUGCUUGACCAGACCUCAUAGAUGGCUGGGCGGUAGGAGGGUACUGAUUUGAACACCAAAACAGUUGCUUCUAGUUCAACUCUGAAUGAAAACCCAGGGUUCAAGAAUCAACACUUGCCUGUAUUAUCUCCUUGUAUGGUUGAGGUGGUUUGGUUGGUGUCUGAUUAGCUACCCUAGCCUUUCUGCUCUGUGGCUGGAAAGGUCAGUUUGGUGUCUUGGUUGGCUGCAAAACUUUGCUGUUCCAGGUAUCUGGCCAUUACUUGUUUGGAGAUUUUUGGGGGGUGGUGGCAGCAGCAGCAAACUAUCCUAAAAGUUUGGGCUCUUCCCAGCAGGCUUCCUUUGAUUCCCGCCCCCCAUUUCUUUUUUGUAGUAGUGGAAACCUUGGUCGGCUCUUGGGCCCACUGCCAAUGCAUCCUGCAGCUGAAGACAACUACGGGUACGACGCUUGUGCGGUUCUCUGCCUUUCAUGCGUUCCCAACAUCUUGGUGAUUGCCACAGAGUCGGGGCUGCUUUAUCACUGCGUGGUACUGGAGGGAGAAGAAGAUGAUGAACAGAUGGUAUGUUUGCCUCUUACUGCUUGGAGUUUUCAGGAGAGCUUCCCCACCCCCACCACCCCAUUAUAUGAGGAGGGACUGUAGCACUCCAAAGGUCCCACACUCAAACUCCGGCUUUUCCAGUGAAAAGGACUGGGUAGCAAGUGGUAGGAGAGGCCUCUUCCAGAGAUCACAGAAAGCUGCUGCCUGUCCUAAUAUUGGGCAAAAUAGACCCGUGGACUUGGCAUAAGGUUGUUUUCAAGUGUAUCCCCAUCCUGGGUAUUCAUUUUUAGCUUGCUGUCUUUGCAGUCCUCUCCUUGUUUGUCACAGGUUUUUCACAUUAUGACAUGCUCUUACUGAGCAUGUGACCAAUAGUGCAGUGCUGUUGCACAUUCUUAUCCUUUUCCUAAAUUUAUUUGUUGUACUGAUAUCCCACUUUUCCUCCAAGGAGUUCAAGGUGGCUCCCUCUCCAGCAAUCCCUCUCCAGCAAUCUGUUCCCACAGAAGCAUGAUGGCCCUCUGCCCAGCUGAUGAUUUGCAGUUCCUAAACCCUAAAACUGUGGCUCAUCUUAAUUACGGAAGUUGGUUUUGUUUUCCCCUGAUCAACACCUUUGUCUCUGCAGCCAUAAACAAUUUUGGAGGUUCUGCAAGGAGGUUGCACCCAACUCAGUUGUAUCCAGAGUAGACUCAAUUAAAUUAGUGGACCCAAGAUAGCCAUACAUGCUAUUCAUAACAGCCACCAUGGUAUAGUAGUUAGAGUGUCAGAUUAGGACCCGGGAGAGGUUCAAGUUUCCACUCAGCCAUGUAGCUUACUGGGUGGCCUUGGGCCAGUCACUGCCUCUUGGCCUAACCUACCUCACAGGGUUCUUGUGGGGAUUAAUUGAGGAGGAGGAGAUCCAGCUUUAACUCCUUGGAGAAAAAGAUGAGGUAUAAAUGCAGUCAGUAACACUCAACCCCUUGGGAAUUAAUGGACAUGACUAAAUACAGCCGGGUGUCUUAUAUUUCAUAUUUGUCUUGUACUGAGGAGCUAUUUUAAAAACCCUGUGCAUCUCAGAAAUGCACAAUGUUGAUCUGCAUUUGGACCUUAAAAGCAUAAACACACAAAAGAGUAAGAAGUAUUGUUUCCCCUCCCAACCAGCUCACUAGGAGACAAUUGAGGGUUCUCUAUUUAUAUUUCUUUAUUAUUUGUACUUACAGCCCACACUUUAUCAAGUGCUGGGUUUCCCAAUUAAAAUACAUGCAAUGUGCGAUUAAAAUAAUAAACAAAACCCCCAUAUUUACCUUUUUUUGUGGCGGGGGAGGGAGGUGCUUCCUAAGUGAAUUUAAUCCCUUGAGCUAUUAUCUCAAGGGAGGACAAAUUUAGAAGUGUUAACCAAAUCAUCCCUGCAGUCUCUCAAAUCCUGGGAUUCAAGAACUGACCUCAUUCCAUCGCUCUACGUGUUCGAAUGUGUUGAACUAGAGCUUGCACUGAAACUGGCUUCAAGGGAAGGGGAGGAACCCCUGGAGUCGGACUUCUCCUGCCCAAUCAAAUUGCAUAGAGGUAGGAGCACAAGUCAGUUACCUCUCUUGCUUUCCCCUUGCUCUGCUCACUUGGCAUCCAAUUAAAGCGACCUUUCAGGUAAAUACAAAAAUUAAUCAAUGCCAGGCUACCUGUUCCUUGAUUUGCAUGUAGCUUUAUGUCACAGGAUAGCAUCACCCAGCUGGCCCAGCAAGCCGUUUACUGUCUCUUUCUGCAGCUCCCGGUGGUCUGAGUUGCUUUGCCAUCUUGAGGAAGCCCACAAGCAUUGCCCAUCAAUAAAUGAGAGGGUGGCAACAAUGUGGGUCAUUGCUGGGAGUUCAUGGAACUGCUUUACAUAAACAGGUUUGGCACAGUUCCAUUUUCACGCAGUUCCACAUUGUCGCUAUCAUAUGUGGACUGAAACCUUCCCAUGUCUUUGUUGGCUCUCCAUGAAUGCAUAAAUAUCUCACUUGCAUUUUCAGAUCCCAAAUGUCCCUCUCGAUAUCACUGUACACAUGACGCUGGGGUGCACAGCAUUGGAGUCACCUGGAUCAACAAACUUCAAAAGUUCCUUGACUCAGGUAGUAGUGAAAUCUUCCUGCCUUGGAAUGUUGCAUUCCUACGCCUUGUUUCUCAGAAAUGCAACUUGUCUUGAGUAGUGUGUGCCAGUAGUGUGGAAAGGUGGGAUAUAAAUAGAGUGGACAGUGGUACAGUUUAGUGAGACAUCUGAAUCUGGCAGACCAUAGUUUACCUCCAACAAGAACUGAAAACCUACAUCAAACUGUAGUUUCCAAUUCAGAUUUGGAGGUAAACUGAGAUCUGACUGAGCCAGAAAUAAUGAAGGGCAUCGGAGCACGUGCAGAGAGGAGGGAGAACCAGAGCCUAAGGCAUGACACUCACAACACAGCCAUGGUGUGAACUGAACCCAUAUAUUGCUGGCACAACCCAUUCAAAAAUGUGAUCCAAAACUGGUAGGGCCAGAGCAAACUUGUCAGUAUCUGCGUCCUCCCAAUGGUCAGGACCACCUCCUUUUCUCUUCCUCCACCUCCCAAUUGGCUGCCAGGAAAGGUACAGAUGGCUUUUGUCAGAGAUCUGAAAUGAUCACUUGCAUCUUCUGUUUCUCAGUCCAGUUUGGCUCCCUCCCCCUACCAAUCCCCUUUCCCCUCCAGAUUCCCCUCCACCCCCCCCCCACAUGACAUUUGGCUAGGAGUUCUGAUUUCCUCAUUACUGUUCUGUGGGGUGAUAGGUGUGACUCCCCAGUAACCUGCAUGUUUACUUGCUUUUUCAGAUGAAGAAGACAAGGACCGUUUGCAAGAACUUGGAGCAGAACAGAAAUGCAUCGUAGAGCACAUCCUUUGCACAAAACCUCUGCCAUGCAGGUAAGAGCCUACUUCUUCCCAAAUCCAUAUUCUUCUUGCAGCUGCUUACUGCUGGAGAAUCCAGGCCGAGAACAGUUAUACACAACUCAGUUUCUGAAAAAUCAAGCAUUGAAUGGUGUUGCUUGUGUUAAGAUUUGGAUGAGCAAGCAGGGUGAACAGGGAAGGAGAACUGUUUGUGUCUCUUUGUGGUGAAGACAAGGCUCUUGACUGUUUUUGGGGUGCCCCUUUUUUCUUGGUCUGGGUAAGGAUGUUGGCUGGAAAAGGGCCUUUUUUGGAGAACAUGAGAGAACAAGGCAUGAAUGCUUAUUCUGGGGAUAUGCAGGAGGCCUUCAGUGUGCAAAAGGUUAAGCCCCAUUACCCAGAGAUGGGCAGGGAGAUGUAAUGAAACAGAAAACUUUACUGAUGUGACACGCACUUAGCACUUCCUUAGUGAGUACCCUCAGAAUCUUGUGUAGAUCCCAGGUUGGAAACAUCUGCAUCCCAGGUGGGUUCAACAGAAGGAGGCCUUCUUAACUAGCAAGACAUGCAUGGAUGGGCCAAUGGAAAUUUCAGCUUUCUUCUAGUAAAUGUGACAGAUGCACGACUUUGAACUGGUUUUUCAAGGUGUGGGAACAGAGCCCCAGUUGAGGCUGUACUGCAGUAAAGGCAGCACAUUGGUGAUACUGGUGGAAAACUGAAACACAGAAUCAUAAAAUUGUAGAGUUGGAAGGGACCCCAAGGAUCAUAUCGUCCAACCCCCUGCAAUGCAGGAAUAUGCAGUUGUCCAAUACGGGGAUCAAGCCUGCAGCCAUGGCAUUAUUAACACCACACUUUAACCAACUGAACUGUCCAGGCAUUUCUGCCUGCUGUGACAUUUCAAGACCUACCUAGUGGUCUUAUAGAUGUGAUGGGUAGAAUCUCUGCAAGACACCAGCAUAGGGUCCACUGCAGCUCCUGGAUAUUUAAAGACUUAUAAAUCUUGCAUUCAGCCUCCAGAUGAAGAGGCAGAGCCAAAUUGGGUCAAAAUAUAGGAAUAGGGCCUAAAUAGACGAUAAUGAGCUGGAGGGGUUAUCUCUGGUAAUUAUAGAUCUGAGAACAGUGGUGGGGAUGACCUCUACUCUUGCUCAGUUUUUGCAGAAGACUGACCAGGAGAGACACUAAGCAUCAAAAAGCCUAGGAAACCAAAUCAGUAUGAGGCUGUAAACGUGGCUACAGUGAAGGAAAAAUCUGAUAGGCACUUAAAAUAUUUGCUAGAUUCUUUAAGAUUCAACGGUAGAUUCUUUGUUGUGUUAGUCUGAAGACAGCAAGUGGCCUCUGCUCUUCUGUUGUUGGGGUUGCUAAUGUUUUCUGGGAUAGUUUGACAUUUUUUUCUGUUCUGCUCCUUCAGCCAAGCGGCCUCAAUUAUAGGGUUUUGGAUCGUCUCAGACAUUCUGGGUCCCACAAUGGUCUGCAUCACCAGGAGCUAUGAAUGUGUCACCAAACCUCUUCUGUACGUACUGAGCCACAUUUACCUAUUAAAUGCUGAAAUAUGGUAGGCAUACUUCCAAGGACAUAGUAUAUUUCCCUUAUAUAGUUGCUAGGACUCCUGAAUUGCCUAGGUAACUCCUUCAAGAUUCCAUGGCACCAGGCUCUGCUGACCUUGAAUUCAUGACUGUUGGUUCUCCUGGUUAUCCCUGACAUACCCCUUCAUUACCUUGAUUGGUACACUUGCCUUUCCCUUAUUCCUAACUAGGCUUGUGUUGAUAAUUCUCUGAAGUUUCUUAUCCAGCAUUUCAUGCCUGCUCUUUGCAAAGGUCUGUAAACUUUUUUUGGGGGGGGUGUAAAAGAAUUAAAAACCUCUAAAGAACUUCAUGAAAGCAAGUGGGGAGUGUCUUUGGAAACGUCUAACUGAUGCCUGACACUUGUAUUGACAGUUCUGCCAUCCACCCACCAUGCCCUCCUCUUCUGUGCACCAAGCAAGAUUCGCCGGUUACAGUCUCGCCUCUCCGCAUCCUGGCCGAAUCGCAGGAUUCCUUUGAGCGACACAUCCGAAAUAUCCUGGAUCGCAAUUCUGCUAACCCUCUCUUAUUGAAGUAUGAAAUCUUUCUGGAGGCAAAAGGCUUUCAUCAUCCCCCAUCACUCCUGUGUCCCCAAAAGGCAAAGGCACACCUUGGCCUUUGGUGUUGUUCGGAAGAGAGGGUUCCAUCAUCUGGUAUUCUCAGCCCUUUUCCUUUCCCUCUGACAGGAUUCACCCUUCUCAUUGCUAUAAUCCUGCAUAAGGUCUACACUUGCUGUUCCACCACCUCCAUCUUCAGGAUGGACUUAGGCACAGUGGUCUUUCGUUCUGGCUGAUCUCAGCUCCUCUUCUCCCACACUUGACAGCUCUUGCAACUUCACUGGUGCCACCAUAAAUUUCUUGCUGCUCUUUCUGCACCAGCAUAUCCUGCGGCUCAGUCAUGGCACAGUCGCUUUGGGGUUCUGGCUGGGUUGUUAGGCUCAUGGGACAUGAAUCUAGCAGGGUGGGUGGGCUUCUUGGCUUCUCUUUACUAUAUUAUUAACUAAAAGGGAAGGAUGGCAUAGGAGAUGAGGAAAGUCAGCACUGAACAACUUAAGUGUUUCUGGGCAUUUUAAAUAGAUUGGCUUUCUGGUGUGUUGAUGAGCAUCCGACUCGAGGGCUUUGUCAAAUGCAAUUUGAUUGUAAUGUCCUUAUCUGAGCUGAACCCUCAGUUUGAGGCCAGUUAGAAAUCUUACCUAAAUAACUGGACCCUUCUCCAGUUCAAGCUUCUUGAUGCACACAGCCUUAGGGCAUAUGGUGUCGGAAGCAUUUGUGUGGCAAAGCAGCCUGGGAUAGCUCAGUCGGUAGAGCAUGAGACUCUUUGUAUCAGGGUCAUAGGUUCAAACCCCACAUUGGGCAAGAGAUUCCUGCAUCGCAGGGGGUUGAACUAGAUGACCCUCGGAUCCCUUCCAACUCUAUAAUUCUAUAAUUCUAAAUGCUCUUUAUCAGAGCAUGUACCGUAGUUUUCCGUGUAUAAGACGAGCUUUUUUUCUUUAAAAAGUAGGUUAAAAAUUAGGGGGCGCCUUACACACGGAUAGGGCACAGGGGGUACGUGGGAUUGUUUGCCGCUGGGAGCCGGAGAUUGUCAGCGGCUAUUGGUCGUGUUAUUUGUGGCUGCGGCAAUUGUGCGGGUGAUUGGUGGCUUUAACAAUGCAUGUGAGUUGCAGGGCAGGUGGGUGAGCCAUGUUUCAACAACUCUGGGCCAGCCCCCAAAAAGCUCAACAACUCUCGGCAGUACGGUAUAAUGGCUAAGACGGUGUUGUGUUUGUCUUCCAGGUCUGCAGAUAAAGAAGUUUCCCCUCCCCCUGAAGAAUGCCUUCAGCUUCUCAGCAGAGCCACUCAAGUGUUCAGAGAGGAAUACAUUCUGAAACAGGACUUGGCCCGAGAGGAGAUCCAGCGAAGGUAAAAUGGGCCCUUGGCUUCUAACUCCUUGCUCUUCUUCCCUCCUGUUGCAGCAACAAUUGGCUAUUUUCUGAUCUUGAUCCUGCAAUCUAUUACCUGCCAACUUCAUCAGAUGUAAUGCAAUAGGGACAAGAAUCUCUAGCGAAUAGCUUUCCUGCCCUUGGGAAUUGUUUACAUUUUUGUGAAGAGCAUAUUCCUGAUUUGCUUUAUCAUUGGCUAAUCGAAAGAAUGGCAUAACUGGGUGGAAAUCCCUGCCUUGUUUGCCCCCAACCCCUGCUCCAGAGGAAAGACAAUCGGUGGCAAUGUUUGGCUUAAUUUCAAAAGCCUUCUGCAAGCUGUCAGUUCUGUCCUCUGGCAAAGGAGAGUGAGGGUGUAAUGCACCUCCUCCAGCAGCCCUCUGGAUUGGGGUGGGAAAAGGGGUUGGCCUGCCCACCAUAGAAUGCAGCCCCUAACAGUAUCAAGGGACUGUGCCCCCCCCCCCCCCAGAAAAAGGUUGCCCACCUCUGUUCUACAGCUAGGUCGUCAUCCUCUUCCUUUCUCUCGUUUUCGGAACAGAGCAGUUAAUAGCACAAUUCCUCUUUCUGUAGUAUGUGUGUCUUUAAAUGUCUCCACUCCCGGUUAACCCCCAUGUUCCUCAUAAUUUAUUUUUCUCAUUGAACAAUGGGUUAGAGGUGUAGGGGAGAGCAGAAAGGCAAGCCAGGCAGACAGGUUGCAUCAAAAAACCUAACUGUUUGGCCAUCCCUUCAACCCUUGCUCCUCAGGGUGAAAUUGCUUCGGGAACAGAAAAAGAAGCAGCUGGAAGAUCUUGCCUACUGUCGAGAGGAAAGGUGAGGGGCUGUCUCUUUGCCUUUUAAGCUCGCUUGGCUGGUAGUUUAAAAGAACUGGGUCGUCCCGUGGGAGCAGCUCAGAACUCAGUGGUAGAGAACGUGCCUUGCAUGUCAAAAAUCUCUGGUUUAACCCCAUCCAUCGCUAAUGAAAAACGAUUGUGGGUAUUAGGGCUGGGAAAGCCCUCCUGUGCAAAACCUUAAAGAGCUGCUACCAGCCAGAGUAAGCAUCACUGAGCCUAGAAGGAUCUGUAAGGUACUUUUCAGAACAUCCUUUCCAGAGACGUCCACCAAGGUCCGAUAUUAGAUACAAGCGUUUUACCCCAGGUUGAAACCUGAAGAAACUGGCUCCUUGGCCUCAGGUACUGUUGUACCAAGUUUGGCAAUGACAUCUUAAGAAUGCCUAGAGAACAUACAGGUGGACAGACCACUUUCCAAAACAUAUAUUAGGCUAGAUACAGUUUGUGGCUUUUAUUUGCUUCUGGCUGUUUUUUAUAACAUGUCUCAAACAACAUUGGUUGGCAUUGUCUUUUAAUGGGACAUAGAAGUUAUCAGUGGGGAGUGCUGCUGCGAUUUCCUGGACAUUACUGGGAUUUCAGUGGUGGAAGUUUUGGGGUUUGGGGUUCAGUGGGACAUGGAUUCAGUUACUUUCGGUUGUCUUAUUUCACUGUACUCAUAAAAUCUCUGCUUCCACAUCUAUCCCAAAUUUAAGGGUGUGCAAGAAAAUUCUUUGCUUAUUUGUUUGUUUGUUUGUUAAAGUCUCAUUUGCUUUGCUAUGAGUUUUCUUUUGCCAUUGAUGUCUAUGGGAGACCCAGCUGCUCUUCUGCUGCCUGUCAUUUCUGUGUUUUCCAUCCGGUUGGCAUGAAAAUGCAUUCCAUGUUGAUAACAGACCUGUCAGGUUCAGACAAAGACACUCCCUUUAUGAGCCGUUUUUAAAAGGCACACAUAAAGCACACCACCGGCUAAGUUAUAGCAACUGGUGUCCAGGAUUUGGAUGAGAGUCAAAAUUUCCUAAAAACUCUCCCUUGCAGCCUCAUGUAGACAUGCCAGCUGCUGUUGGGAGACAUGGAAAGAGAAGGGCGCACUGCCCUUUAGAACUGCUUUGUUUCAUAAGAAACAAAUAAUAGACCCCACUUGUUCUGAUUUAUGAGACAAAUGCGCACCACUAUCCCAGAAUAACAUUUCCUCUUCGCCCAAAGGAGAAGCUUGCGGGAGAUGGCAGAGCGAUUAGCUGACAAGUACGAGGAAGCCAAAGAGAAGCAGGAAGACAUUGUGAACAGGUAAAAGGGCACACUCUUCACAAGAAAAUGCCCAUGCCUCUCUGAUGCCAAGUAUGUCUUGGGCUUGUGCUGAAGCCUUGUCCUUAAGAUGUGCACCCUUUGGAAUUGCUGGGCCUGAAUUAAUGAUAAAGAAAGCCAGGUUGUGGAGAGGCAUUUCAGCUGAGCAGCAUGCAGCUUGGCAGCCAGCUGAACUAAACCUACAACUUAAGCUGCUGCUAACAGCUUCGUGCAAGUUUAUUCACUGACUAAAGCCUUUAAACCCGUGUUUAAAAUGGCAGAGAUGCCCCCAAACAAUGCUGUUGUCUUUGGAAGGGCAAGCUGUUUGGAAUUGGCAUUAUCUAGCCAAACUUACACCCCCUGAUGUGUGCCUGAGUGGUCUCAGUGUAUUAGCCGAGAGAGUAGGUGAGCAACACAGUUGCAAGUGGAUUGUGUGUGAAGUUAAUUGGUUCCAUUCUUCCUGAAAAGCAGUUGACAGAAGCCAAUUUAAUAAAGGAGGGUUGGGAGCGCUUUGAAAGUAGGGGUACCACAAUUAAUGUGCUUAAUUUUGCAUAACAUUGAUUAGAAAAUGGGUGGUAUGCAGUUUGUAUAUGCAGUUUAAUAUUCACUUGGGAACUGCCAGAGUGACGGGGAAACCCAGCCGGAUGGGCGGGGUAUAAAUAAUAAAUUAUUAUUAUUAUUAUUAUUAUUAUUAUUAUUAUUAUUAUUACUAGUCUUUGGACCUGCUUGGGAAUACAAUGGUACCUCGAGUUACAAACCCCUCAGGUUACAAACACUUCAGGUUACAAACUCCACUAACCUGGAAGAGUUGAGAACUUUGCCCCAGGAUGAGAACGGAAACCGUGUGCCGGUGGCACAGUAGCAGCAAGAGGCCCAAUUAGCGAAAGCACACCUCUAGUUAAGAACGCACCUCCGGAACGAAUUAGUAACUAGAGGUACCACUGAUAUAUAGCUUUGAUGGCAACUUUCAGUGUUUUGAAAAUAAGGACUGAAUUUGUUUUUAGGAAAUUAUGCUUGUAGUGUAGGGUGACAGUCCCCUCUUCAGCUCCUGCUUAAUUAGCACUUGACAAUGUAAGUUUGUCUCGGUUCUAAAAGCAGAAUUUGCAAACAAUUAACUUUGUCUACAAGUUGGGGGUGGUCACACGUUACUCAAUAUGUGUAUACUCUCUGUGCACAAUAGAAGAGCUGCACAAAUGAACUAGCAUACACUUUCACAGUGUGCAGAGACCUCUUAUAUCUGUGUUGAAUGUAACAUAUGAAUGAGCCCGUUGACUCUGACAGUGGUGGUAUAGUAAUAUAUGAAGUGGUGGUCAACUAAAUUGUCCUCAGAAUAGACCCAUUGAGUUGAAUGUACAUGAUUAAGCUUUGUCCAGUUCAGUAUUCUCAGUAAAACUUCGUUGAAUACCAUCCAUGGUCAGUAAAUGUGGGUUUAAUUGCCUCCCCCUCAGCUGCUUUUGGUAUGAUAUUGUCUGAUUCACAUUCUUUCAGAAUUUUCAGGUAGGACUUAUAUUUGGUAUCUGGCAAACCUUUUGGCAAAUUAUUUGAACAUACUAUUAGACUGUCGCUAAACUUCUCCUGGCAGAAAAAAAUUGUAAAGAAAUUUUCCCUGAUUAAACCUUUUUCUGUCCAGCUGCUGUUACAAUUUCUAACGGCUGUGUUGUUUCUUUUUUAAUCUACUUUUAAUAUUGUAUAGCUUAUUUUAGACAUGCUUCAGCUCUUCCUCACAUCUUGUAUCGUGGAUAUACAUGGCUGCUGGUUUUAUCUUGUUCUAGUCUGUACUGCAUAAUAGAAAGAUUGAUUGACUGACAUUGUCUUUGUGGGCUGAAGGAUGAAGAAGGUACUGCGUAACUUCCACUCUCAGCUGCCUGUCUUGUCAGAUAGUGAAAAGGACAUGAAGAAGGAGCUACAGACAAUCGAAGAACAACUGCGGCACUUGGGAAAUGCUAUCCGGCAAGUAAGUGUGGAUGUGGAUUGUUUUUGUAACAUUUGGCUGUUUUUGUAUACGUAAUGCUUAGGGAUUAUCAAGUGAUCUAAAAAGCCUUUAAAAAAUAAAUAAGUAGAAGAGGGUGGGAGCUAGAGGCACUGCACAUGAAGUUGGAAGGCAAUUUUUGAAACACUUUCUCAAGGGUUUUUGAAGCAUCUGUCUCUUGCGCUAUUUACUGCUUGCCUUUAGGUUAAAAUGAAAAAGGAUUAUCAGCAGAGAAAAAUGGAGAAGGGGACCAGUCCACGGAAGCCUAGCAUCAACCUUAACACCUAUCAGAGGAAAUGCAUCCAAGCAGUUCUGAAAGAGGAGUAAGUGGGUGCUUGCACUUUGAAACACCUGGCAAAUGAACAGCGAGCGAGUCAAGAGGCCCACCUCCUGGCUGCUGAGUUGUUGUGCUGCCGCUGUACUUUGAAGCAAUAAUGUUGAGGGGUCGUACACAUGGGGUAUGAGGGUGCUGAAAUAAGAGGGUCCCACCUGUAUUGACACUGUGCCAGCUGUGAAAGACACACCUGCUCAGACAAACAUUCCCCUUUUCACCUGAUUUGAACCUCCUCCUUCACUCUUCCAAUUGUUGUGCUGCUUGUUUCGUUAUACAUUUUAAGUGCAGUUGUUUCCGUGAUUAAAUUGUUAUCGUGUGCGUUAAUUGUAUUUUUGGCAAUUGGUUUUAUACUGGCAAACUGCCCAGAAGCCGUAUAUAAAUUAAUAAAUACUUGUUUGCUAGUGUAGCCGCUUGCAGUAGUGGUGGUGAAAACCCCACCCAGGAAAGUUGUGUGUUGCACUGUUUUUCAUGCCUUGUCUGCUCAGAAUGGCUGAAGUCACUGAAGUGCUUUCUCUUUCUCUCUCUGAUGCAGGGGAGAACGCAUCCAGGCGAUGGUAAAACAGAUAAAUGAUGUCAGAAACCAUGUGACCUUUUAGAGCCGUCAUGAAUGGUGUAAAGCAAACUCAUGAAACAUGAAGGGAAUGCAAACUGCCUUUGUCCUACUUUAUACGUUGGUUCCUUGGGUUAUUUUUUUAUAUAUAAAACAUCUCUGUUGUGAAUAAAUACUUUUUUUUGAAA